AUGGCAUUAUUUAGCUUAGUGCUGAUUCCAUUUGUGAUCAGCUCUGAUGUUGCUUCUGCUUGCCAGAAUACAGAUGACUUUGUGAGCGCCAGUUCUCCAGGAGACAUUAUUAUAGGAGGUUUGUUUGCAGUUCACAGUGAAAUGGUGCAUCCAGAAGAGCAUCCUAUCAAGCCAGUAAUUCAGAACUGUGCUGGCUUUGAAAUUCAAAUUUUUCUUCAGACUCUUGCAAUGAUACAUGCUAUUGAAAUGAUCAACAAUUCAACAUUAUUAUCUGGAGUUACUCUGGGCUAUGAAAUCUAUGAUACCUGUGCAGAAGUUACAAAAGCCAUGGCAUCUGCUCUGAGGUUCCUGUCCAAAUCCAAUACUUCUAAGGAUAUUGUAGAGUUCAAGUGUAACUAUUCAGACUAUGUACCAAGAAUUAAGGCAGUCACCGGAGCCAGCUACUCUGAGGUGUCAAUGGCAGUUUCAAGGCUAUUGGCUUUGCAACUAAUCCCACAGGUCAGUCCUGCAUCAUCAGCUGAAAUCCUCAGUGACAAAAUCCGUUUUCCUUCCUUCUUGAGGACUAUCCCCAGUGAUUUCCAUCAGACAAGAGCAAUGGCCCACCUGAUCUGUGAGUCUGGGUGGAACUGGAUUGGAGUAAUAGCCACAGAUGAUGACAACGGGCGCUUUGCUCUGGAGAGCUUUGGGGUCCAGGCCAUGGCAAACAGUGUUUGCAUAGCUUUUAAAGAGAUGCUGCCUGCCUAUCUCUCUGAUAACACCUUUCAUACAAAAGUUGAUCGUGCAAUCGAGAAGAUUGUCAAGGAAACCAGAGUAAAUGUCAUUGUAGUCUUUAUGAGACAAUUUCAUGUGCUCAAACUAUUUAAGAAGGCAAUUGAGAGAAAUGUAAAAAAGAUUUGGAUUGCAAGUGAUAACUGGUCAACUGCAGUGAAAAUCAGUACGAUGCCCAACAUCAGAAAGCUAGGAACUGUUGUGGGAUUUGGAUUUAAGAACAAGGACGUAUCCACAUUCCAAGACUUUCUGAGAAGUAUUCAUGAAAGGCCCACUGAAAACAACAAGUUUUUACUUGAAUAUAUUAUGCUUUUGUCAGUCUGUGCACACCUGGACAACUACGAUUUUCAAAUGUGUAUUUCAAGCCAAUCCCAGUACGACCUGAUGCAAAAUGUUGAGAACAGACGUCAGAUCUGGAGAGAUGAUUUUUUGAAUGCCAACAUUGAGCCAGGAUUUAUCCAUAGUACUAUACUUGCAGUGUAUGCCAUUGCCCAUGCCAUAAAAGGGCAAUGCAAAGACAGAAACUGCAAGGAUCCCUCUGCUUUCGCCCCCUGGGAGCUCCUUGAAGAACUUAAAAAAGUUACAAUCAUUGAUGAUGAUAAAGAAAUCAAGUUUGACUCCAAAGGUGAUAUGAGCUCUGGUUAUGAUGUACUUCUUUGGAAAGAAGUUGAUGGCCACAUGGAAAUCACCACUAUGGCAGAAUAUGACCCAGAAAAUGGUUACUUCAUCUUUGAGGAUGAGGAGAAAAAAAAAGAAUUUCUGGAUUUAAAGAAGGUUCCAUCAACAUGCUCCCAGCACUGCAGACCAGGACAGAUGAAAAAGGUUACAGAAAGUCCACACACAUGCUGCUACGAGUGCGUUUAUUGCCCAGAAAACCAUUACAGCAAUCGAACAGAUAUGGAUUAUUGCUACCGGUGCCACAACAAAACCUACUGGGCACCAGUGAACAGCACUACAUGCUACAGAAAAACGAUCCACUUCCUCGGCUGGACAGACUGGUUCUCUAUUUUCCUGCUCCUCCUCUCCGCCUUCGGGGUUGUGCUCAUUUUUUCCAUCAGUGCAAUAUUCACUAAAAACUUGAGCACACCCGUUGUAAAGGCAUCUGGGGGUUUAACUGUCUGCUAUAUUAUCCUCCUCAGCCACUUCUUCAUUUUUUUAAGCACUGUGUUCUUCAUAGGUGAACCCACAGAGUUCAAAUGUAGAACUCGGCAAGCCCUCUUCGGCAUAAGUUUUGCACUCUGCAUUUCAUGUAUCUUAAUAAAAUCACUAAAAAUUUUACUAGCCUUUAGCUUUGAUCCCAAGCUGCAGAAUUUCUUGAAAUGUGCCUAUAAACCUAUAACCAUUGUAUUCAUCUGCACUGGGAUUCAGGUUAUCAUUUGCACUUUCUGGCUAAUAUUUAGGACGCCUUUUGUAAAGCAAAAUUUCUCUAUUCCAAGAGCUAUCAUUCUGGAGUGCAACGAGGGCUCUGUUGUGGCUUUUGGGAUUAUGCUGGGUUACAUAGCUGCUUUAGCCCUCAUCUGCUUCAUAUGUGCCUUUAAAGGCAGGAAGUUACCAGAGAACUACAAUGAAGCUAAGUUCAUAACAUUUGGCAUGCUAAUUUACUUUAUAGCAUGGAUUGUUUUUAUUCCUGUCUAUGUAACUACGUUUGGCAAAUACCUACCAGCAGUGGAGAUCAUUGUUAUAUUAAUAUCCAAUUAUGGGAUUCUCUGUUGCACUUUUUUUCCUAAGUGCUAUAUCAUAAUUUACAAGCAAGAAACAAAUACAAAGUCUGCCUUUCUCAAGAUGAUUUACACGUACUCUUCCAAAAGUGUGGGCAGCAUUGCUGUCAGCCAGAUUUCCUUGGACUCUAAGUCUUCCAGCUCCCGAAUCACUGCGUCAGACUCAUGUAAUGCUGAGAAAAGCUCUGUUAAUGGAAACUGCCAUUUUCAAGUGUCUGGGCAGACACCAGUAAAAGAGGAAGUUGUUCCUAAAAGUGCAGCAAGGACUCUGUCCAGGAAAAGGCUGUCCAGCAUAUGA